AUGGCCUCUAACGAUCCUCAUCAUGGACCGAGCAAUAGCGCGGCGAGCUCGUCUGCGCCAGCGACAGCUGCUCCUUCCCAGAUGCCAUCGACAUCGAAAGCCCAUGCGGCGACGCGCGCAGUGCCAGUCAAUCAGCCCACCGCGUCGGGCUCCAUGGCUGCCCCGACAGCAUAUCUCCAUAGCUACCCAGCUACGGGCGCGACAAGCACUGUCUUUCGCGCAACGCCCCCCACAACCACACAAACCUACCAACCCUCCACGUCUGCUGCCGGCACCCCCGCCCAAGCGCAGUCCUUCUACAACUACCCGGCGCAGAACUGGCAGCACUGGCAGCCCACCUUCUCCGCCUUCCCCAACUCGCAAACCUACUAUCAGACCGCAGGCUACACUCCCGCCACACUAGCGAAGGCGGAGGGGAAGGCGCCCGCGCUUACUGCGCACCAAACCAAACCCACCGCUGCGGCUGCCGCUGCGCCUCCUCCGCGUCGGCCACCUACGCCUCCACCACCCGAUCCUAUUCUGCCGAAGCACUGGGACGAGGUGCUCGUGGACUUCUUCAAGGCUGUUGGCUUCACACAGGCGCGGAAGGGGUUCGAGAUGGACGUGCUCGUGAUGAACCCCGAGUGGGAGAAGAAGCGAGUGGCGGGCGCGCUGCAGCGAUUGGUGCAAGGGCUUACAGUGGCGCAUGAUCCCACGAAAGACGACGCAGAAUCAGUUGAGGAUCGCAAGCUCGCCUACACACACAAGCCAAACUUGCAGCCGUCGACCUCAAUCAAUAAAUCCAUCUCCCAGUUCCUCGCGCAGAAUCGCAGUCGGAACGACGCGUCCAACCGUGCCGAGUUCGUCGACAGCCUCAAGCGGAAGCGGCAGAAGACAGCCGACGGCGACGCGCCAGCAGACGGUACCGACACCGCGGACGCUCCCGACGAGGCAUCAGCCUCCUGCGCGCGCACCGACGCACGGCACGUCGAUCGCGACGCGCAGAUGAAGUACGAUAUCGCGAAGAACGAGGACGGGCCGCUCAAGCGGACGAUGAAGAAGGAGGCGGAGGGGCAGGGUCAAGCGGGCCCAUCAGCGGCACCCACUGCAGCGCCUGGAAAGUCCUCCGGUGGCCCAGCCGACCUCAGCGAGCGCGUCACCGCCGUCGAGCAGCACCUAUCCUUGCAAUACGUGCCGACGCCGCCGAAUUCGGUCGCGGCGAGGCUGAAGAUGAUCGAGGACCAUAUUGCGCAUCUUGAGCGCGACUUUCCGCCGUGGGCCGCGCUGCACUUCAAUCAGCCGAAUCGUGGGUGGCCCCCACCCCCGCGUACCACGCCUGUCAUUGUGCCCGUGCAUCUGCGCUCCGUUGCUGCGCCGCCGCCAGUACCUCAAGCGAACGUCGAUACGUCGAAUCAGCCGACAAGUUCAAGAACGAGGACGAAGAGCUCGAGCGCGCAGGCGAAGAAUUCGAGUUUGCAGCGGGCUGUAUUGGAGAGGUUGGAGGUGCAGCAGGCGAGGAGGGAUUUGGCCGGUGGAGGGGCGAUGGGACUGGGUGGAGGGGGAUGA